GAAUAACACAUUCACCUGAACUCACUCACACACACACACACGAAGACCGUAUGACACGCGUGUCUGUAAAAAGAAGCCAGGUAUUUUCUGUCGUUUUCCUGGUUCAAGAACGGUGAGAGAGUUUUAAAGUUCGAAAUAUUACGUGAAUGAGUGUACAGGAAACUGUUGCAGUAGUAAACCAAGAUGAGUUCUAGACUGUCAGGUGACCUGGAGAGAGACGAGGUGGAAGAUGAGGAAGAAGAAGAAGAAGAGGAAGGCGAGAGGGUGAACCCAACAGAGGUGAGAAUGAGUCAGAUUGUGAUGCCCUGCCACAGCAACCAUCGACAGGAGCUGAGCGUGGGACAGCUGCUCAAGUGGAUGGACUCCACCGCCUGCCUUUCUGCUGAGAGACACGCUGGAAGUCCCUGCGUCACUGCUUCCAUGGACGACAUCCACUUUGAUCACACCAUCAGUGUGGGUCAGGUGGUGAACAUCAAGGCAAAGGUGAACAGAGCCUUUAACACCAGUAUGGAGGUGGGCAUACAGGUGAACUGUGAGGACCUGUUCUCUGAUCGUCACUGGAGAGUUUGUAAUGCCUGCGCCACCUUUGUAACCCAGCGUACAAACGCGGGGAAAAAGGUGGUGUUGAAGCCCAUCGUGCCUCAGACUCAGAAAGAACAGGUCGAAUACAGCGUCGCAGCCGAGAGACGGAGGGUCAGGAUGGUACAUGAUGACAUCAUCAAAGAUCUGCUUUCCAAUGGCUUCAUCCAGCAAGCUGAUAACUCAGCAGUUGGCAAUGCAGUGGCAGCAGUGAAGACCAAGGUGGAGAGUGUCGAGCUGGUUCUACCUCCUCACGCCAACCAUCAGCUGAAUACAUUUGGAGGACAGAUCAUGGCCUGGAUGGUGAAUGUGGCUAUGAUUGCUGCCAGUCGUCUGUGUCAGGCUCAUCCGACUCUUCGCACCAUUGACAUGUUCAAGUUCAGAGGUCCUUCUCAAGUUGGAGACCGACUUCUGCUGAGAGCUAUUGUCAACAAUGCCCUUAAAAACAGCAUGGAGGUAGGUGUGCGAGCAGAGGCCUACCAGGAGGAGGGACCAAACCGACACAUAAACUCUGCCUUCAUGACCUUUGAGGUGCUCGAUGACCACAGGACGCCAUGUACGUUACCACGGAUACGUCCUGAACCCCUGGAAGGGGAGAGGAGGUUUCAAGAGGCCAUAGCCAGGAAGAAGAUAAGAUUAGACAGGAAGUAUAUAAUAUCCCGUACACAGGCCGAGGUACCUCGGUCCGUCCCCUGGGACCCCAGAAACCAGGUGUAUUUGAGCUAUAACAAUGUGUCAGCUCUGAAGAUGUUGGCUGCGAGAAACAAAUGGCGCCUCAGCUCUGAGAAAGACAAGGUCCGUCUUUACACACUGGAGCAGAAAUCCACGCUGAGUUUCAGGGUGGAGGCUGAGGUGGAUGUUCCUGCUCACACAGCCUUUCGUCUGCUGGCCGAGCUCAGCAACAGACCGAGCUGGGACACACAUUAUCUGAGCUGUGAGCUGAUUCAUCGUGUGGAUGACGAGGACUUCCUGUACCGCGUGGUCACCCCGUCAGUUCAUCGCAGAUCUGCAGGCUCCCCGUCUUCAGCCAGUCAGGUAGAAGGAAUUCUCCACGACUUCAUCUUGUUGGCUUCCAAGAGGAAUCCAUGCGGCAGCGGAGAUCCAUACGUCAUCGCCCUGCGCUCAGUGUCUCUGCCCACUUACCCUCCAACUGAAGGGUAUAACAGAGGGGAGGUUCUGUGUGCUGGGUUCACCAUACUGGAGACGGAAAACAACAUGUCACUGAUCAGCUACUAUAACCAGGCGUCUCCUGAGGUCCUUCCCUACAUUUCCAAUGACAUCGCCGGCCUCUCCUCCACUUUCUACCACACCUUCUGUUCAUGUAGACAGUACCUGACUGAGAACAAGCUGCAGUUCACCUCUGAGGAGCAAAGAGGUCAAAGUCAGGUCACAGACACAGACACAGACAGAACCACCCGUGACAGCGAAACUGACAGUGUAUCAUUGCAGCUAUAGACACUAUAUAUAUAUAUAUAUACUGUAUAUAUAUAUAUGUGUACUGUAUAUAUAUAUUAAAAAACAGUUUGCUGUGAUAUUUGCAUUAAAAUGUUUUUUAAAGGUACAUAUAGAUCAAGAAAAAAGGGUCAAUUUAAAUUAAAAACAAACUAUCACAAACACAUAAGAUGGAAUUUAACAUGAAUUCACUUUGGAUUAAUGACUGUGUGAAAAGAUGGAAGUAAAGCCAAAAUACCCAGAUACUCCCCCUGGUGGCAUAAAGUGGCAUACUGUAGUGAGUGGAUCAGACAUGAUACAACAUAAAGCUCAAUUUUACAUGAAGUCUGUUUUAUCCAAAAUAUAGUUCUUAUCAUACGUAUGUUUUUGAUCAGAUGGGGUUAAAGUUAUUUGAUGCUGUUUCUGAAACUGAAUGGUAGUUGUACUUAAAUAGAUAUUAUAUUUUGGGUUCAUUUUGCACAUCUUCUAAACAGUCUUUGGUUUGAAUAUGAAAUUUAAAACUAUGCAAUUGAACACAGUGGUUCUCAAACGUUUUGUGGCAUUACCCCAUUCAGAUCAAUUAUUCACAAUGAUGGGGAAGUAACUAGUAUAAUAUUAGUAUAAAAAAUCCUUGUAAUUCACUUCAUAUUUUCCUUUUUGUCAUUUAUGGCAACAUGCAGUGUCUCUCCCCUCCCUCUAGGGGGAGUUCCAAGUUUGACAAUGACUGAUUGAAAGGUUUGAUGGACUGUAGAGGUCAUUGUAAAUAUAACCAAAUAUAGGGUUGAAGGUUGAGUGUAUUUUUUACAAACACUAAAGGUGGUACGUUGUUAAUUGGAGCUACUUGAGUCCAUUUGCUGACAGUAACUUCUGUUUUGUCAUUAAAAAACAAACAAACACGUCACACAGGGUCUUUCAUAGGAAUUUAAACUGUUAUUGACAUUUUUUACAUUUACACUUUAAGAACAGACCAAAGCAUUUUAUUAAACAGUUUAAUUUUAAAGCUGUUUCAUGUGAUCAGUGUGUCAUCAAACUAUUCUUGUUUGACAGUAUUUAUUUCAUCAUGUGACUUUAAGCUACAACAAUAUACAGACUUGGAUGACGGAGAACCUUCACAAACUUAAGUGAACACUUAAGCCAGUUAAAGGUGAGUUGGUGAUCCCUUAAUGAAAGAUGACAGAUUUUAUGAAUGGGCAUUUUAUAUUAAAACUCCCCUAUGGCUGUUCAAUCUCCCACAGUGUCAAGUAAACCAAUCAUCUAGUGAAUUGAGUCCUGCUCCCCAAAAACAUGGAACCACAUAGCAUAACCUCAUGGGAGGAGGUGAAGAUCUGACGUGAAAUUGAAACAUGUUGAAUACUGGGAAAAAUGCCAUCUACAUUGUUUGAUUUAACAUAAUUUUGCAUGCAUCUUGCACUGGAAAAAUAAAGGGUACAGUGAUGCUUCAGUGUUUGUGAUACACUUCAUGUAAUUCCAAUUUAGUUUCAGCUAAAUUGGACCAAAACAUGUUAUGACACUUAAAUGUGUCUCUAACAUCUGCUGGUUGUUGUUCAGAGAGUUUUAUAGAAUAUUUACCCUGUUUUUUAAUGACGAUACAUAGAGUAUGUCUGCUCAGGAUUGUUUACUGAUCACAUACAGGUUUGUGUUUGCUCCGCCCGUGCGCCGACUCUUCAGUCCUUUCAAGACGUCUAAAGUUUCAGCACCGCUCUCUGUGUCCUCCUCCACUAUGAGGUCAUAUCUGUCCAUCAGUGCUGCGACAGAGUGAAGUCCCCGGUGUCCCUCCGGCAGUGAUGCUGUGAUCAGAUGUAGAGCCACUCUCUGAGACAAUCCUGCCACUGACGCUGGGACGUGAGGAGGCCAGCUGUGCUGUGUCAGGACGAUGGUAACGUACGGGAACAGCCUCUCUACUGUGGACACAAACUC